CAUCGCCAACGUUGACUUUUCGCAUUGCCUUCGCGACGGGGGUGUCUCGCGAAGAACGACUCUGGCGGAGCUGGAGACUCUGAUGACGCUUGGACAAGUGUGGAGAGUGGGCAUGGGCGAGUGAGGGGAGCGAGCGCCGAGUAUACAAAGAGCGAGGGUGCAUUCGACGAUAACUCACUUCUCAGAUCAACCUCCCAACCUCUCCCGUCGUCUCCCUCAAACUAUAAGCUGUAAAAAUGAUCGCACGUCUCUCCGCCAGCAUUCUCACUCUUCAGUUGAUCUCCACCGUCGCCGCAUUCCGCUUGGUCGACAGCUUCAGCGGCCCGGGAUUCUUUGACAACUUUGACUUUUUCACCGCUGACGACCCGACUCAUGGCUAUGUGGACUACGUUGACCGCGGCACCGCUCAGUCUCAGGGUCUGAUCCAAGCUACCGGUCAACAAGCUUUCAUCCGCCCCGACAGCACGAAUGUCGCGUCAGGAAGGGGACGAAAGAGCGUUCGUCUUCAAAGCAAGAAGACAUACAACCAAGGUAGCCUAAUCAUCGCCGAUGUCGCCCACAUGCCCGUUGGCUGCGGCACCUGGCCUGCAUUCUGGACCGUCGGCCCCAACUGGCCCAACUCCGGCGAGAUCGACAUCAUCGAAGGCGUCAACACGCAAACCCAAAACCUGCUCACUCUGCACACCAGCGCCGGCUGCACAAUGGCUGGCGUCGGCCGCGACCAAUGGGCGGUAGCCGACAGCUUGAACUGCGACGUCAACGCUCCCGGCCAGUUUGCUAACCAAGGAUGCGCUUCCCGCGAUUCCAACACCAAAUCAUACGGUACCGACUUCAACAACAACGGCGGCGGGGUCUACGCGACCCUGUGGGACGCCUCAGGCAUCAAGAUCUACCUAUUCUUCAACGACAUCGUCCCCGCCGACGUCCGCAACGGGAACCCGAACCCUGCUGGCUGGGGUCGUCCCACAGCGGUCUUCCCGUUCGGAAACAACUGCCCGGCGUCCCACUUUGCGAACCACCAGAUCGUGAUCAACACCGCGUUCUGUGGGGACUGGGCCGGUGCGGUGUUUGGACAGAAUGGAUGCCCCGGCAACUGUGUGGAUUUCGUGCGGAACAACCCGGGCGCUUUCAGGGAUGCUUACUGGGCGUUCAAGUCCGUCAAGGUCUACCAGCAGUGAUACCACCUCACCCGUCGGCCGUGGGAUGAAGUUGGCGCACCUUGGCAGCGAUGACCCACAUGAAUCUAGGGCGUACGUCCUCUGUUGCUGGAGAAAUACCCCCUGCACCCGUUCUAUGUAGAUAAAGUCAUUUGUACAUACGGCGUUUAGUUGUUUACCGAUCUAAAUUUUGGAAAUUGGAAACGGAUGGAUAGAACGUCGGCCGUGAUCACAUUUG